UUUGCUGCAGCGAGGACCGGAGUUCCCCGCGCGCAGCCCAGUGGCGGAAGAGGGCUGGGCUGAGAGGAAAGCCGGGACUGUAGGAGCGGGAGGCAGCCCGUCCUCCUCGCGAACCUGCAGGGAUGCGGCAGGGGCCGGGGAGCAUGGGGAGGUACUAACCCCCCGGAGCCCCCGACUGGGGCUUGCAGACCUGGCCAGUGGGCCAAUUUUCUGCCUAGCGCAGCCGACAAGCAGAGGUGCCAGGAAAACCAGGAGAGGGGCGCUGGAGGUGCCCAUCCCCAGAGUCGGUCCCUCUGCGAACCGAGGAAGAGAGGUGGGAGUCAGCGAGUGGUGAGAAGGGAAAACCUUUCUUCUGACUGGCCCCGGAGCGUCGGGGAGCCUGGGGCGCUCCGCGCCGUCGUCUUCAAUGUUUCUCUGAACAGCCUUGAGGAAGAGUGCGAGAGAAAGAGAGAGAGCGCGCGCCAGGGAGAGGAGAAAAGAAGAUGAGGAUUAUUUGCAGACAGAUUGUCUUGUUAUUUUCUGGAUUUUGGGGACUCGCCAUGGGAGCCUUUCCGAGCAGCGUGCAAAUAGGUGGUCUCUUCAUCCGAAACACAGAUCAGGAAUACACUGCUUUUCGAUUAGCAAUUUUUCUUCAUAACACCAGCCCCAAUGCGUCGGAAGCUCCUUUUAAUUUGGUACCUCAUGUGGACAACAUCGAGACAGCCAACAGUUUUGCUGUAACAAACGCCUUCUGUUCCCAGUAUUCUAGAGGAGUAUUUGCCAUUUUUGGACUCUAUGAUAAGAGGUCAGUACAUACCUUGACCUCAUUCUGCAGCGCCUUACAUAUCUCCCUCAUCACACCAAGUUUUCCUACUGAGGGGGAGAGCCAGUUUGUGCUGCAACUAAGACCUUCAUUACGAGGAGCACUCUUGAGUCUCUUGGAUCAUUAUGAAUGGAACUGUUUUGUCUUCCUAUACGACACAGACAGGGGAUACUCGAUACUCCAAGCUAUUAUGGAAAAAGCAGGACAAAAUGGUUGGCAUGUCAGCGCUAUAUGUGUGGAAAAUUUUAAUGAUGUCAGCUAUAGGCAACUUCUGGAAGAACUUGACAGAAGACAAGAGAAGAAGUUUGUAAUAGACUGUGAGAUAGAAAGACUUCAAAACAUAUUAGAACAGAUUGUAAGUGUUGGAAAGCAUGUUAAAGGCUACCAUUAUAUCAUUGCAAACUUGGGAUUCAAGGAUAUUUCUCUUGAGAGGUUUAUACAUGGUGGAGCCAAUGUAACUGGAUUCCAGUUGGUAGAUUUUAAUACACCUAUGGUAAUAAAACUAAUGGACCGCUGGAAGAAACUAGAUCAGAGAGAGUAUCCAGGAUCUGAGACUCCUCCAAAGUACACCUCUGCUCUGACUUAUGAUGGAGUCCUUGUGAUGGCUGAAACUUUCCGAAGUCUUAGGAGGCAGAAAAUUGAUAUCUCAAGGAGAGGAAAUGCUGGGGAUUGUCUGGCAAAUCCUGCUGCUCCAUGGGGCCAGGGAAUUGACAUGGAGAGGACACUCAAACAGGUUCGAAUUCAAGGUCUGACAGGGAAUGUUCAGUUUGACCACUAUGGACGUAGAGUCAAUUACACAAUGGAUGUGUUUGAGCUGAAAAGCACAGGACCUAGAAAGGUUGGUUACUGGAACGACAUGGAUAAGUUAGUAUUGAUUCAAGAUGUCCCCACUCUUGGCAAUGACACAGCAGCUAUUGAGAACAGAACAGUGGUUGUAACCACAAUUAUGGAAUCCCCAUAUGUUAUGUACAAGAAAAAUCAUGAAAUGUUUGAAGGAAAUGACAAGUAUGAAGGAUACUGUGUAGAUUUGGCAUCUGAAAUUGCAAAACAUAUUGGUAUCAAGUAUAAAAUUGCCAUUGUCCCUGAUGGAAAAUAUGGAGCAAGGGAUGCAGACACAAAAAUCUGGAAUGGGAUGGUAGGAGAACUUGUUUAUGGGAAAGCAGAGAUUGCUAUUGCCCCUCUGACAAUCACUUUGGUACGAGAGGAGGUCAUUGACUUUUCUAAGCCCUUCAUGAGCUUGGGCAUAUCUAUCAUGAUCAAAAAGCCUCAGAAAUCCAAACCAGGAGUGUUUUCCUUCUUGGAUCCUCUGGCCUAUGAGAUUUGGAUGUGCAUAGUCUUUGCCUACAUUGGUGUCAGCGUGGUCUUAUUCCUAGUUAGUAGAUUUAGUCCAUAUGAGUGGCACACAGAAGAGCCAGAGGAUGGAAAGGAAGGACCCAGCGACCAGCCUCCCAAUGAGUUUGGCAUCUUUAACAGCCUCUGGUUUUCCCUGGGUGCUUUCAUGCAGCAAGGAUGUGACAUUUCACCCAGAUCCCUCUCAGGUCGAAUUGUUGGAGGUGUUUGGUGGUUCUUUACACUCAUCAUUAUAUCGUCUUAUACUGCUAACCUCGCUGCUUUCCUGACGGUUGAGCGAAUGGUCUCUCCCAUAGAAAGUGCAGAAGACCUAGCCAAACAAACAGAAAUUGCCUAUGGAACACUGGAUUCAGGGUCAACAAAAGAAUUUUUCAGAAGAUCAAAAAUAGCAGUGUAUGAAAAGAUGUGGACCUACAUGCGAUCAGCAGAGCCAUCAGUGUUCACUAGGACUACAGCUGAGGGAGUAGCUCGUGUCCGCAAAUCCAAGGGCAAAUUUGCCUUUCUCCUGGAGUCCACUAUGAAUGAAUACAUUGAACAGCGAAAGCCAUGUGACACGAUGAAAGUGGGAGGAAAUCUGGAUUCGAAAGGCUAUGGAGUAGCAACGCCCAAGGGUUCCUCAUUAAGAAAUGCUGUUAACCUCGCAGUUUUAAAACUGAAUGAACAAGGCCUCUUGGACAAAUUGAAAAACAAAUGGUGGUACGACAAAGGAGAAUGUGGCAGCGGGGGAGGUGACUCCAAGGACAAGACGAGUGCCUUGAGCCUGAGCAACGUAGCAGGAGUCUUCUACAUUCUGGUUGGCGGCUUGGGCUUGGCAAUGCUGGUGGCUUUGAUAGAGUUCUGUUACAAGUCCAGGGCAGAAGCGAAGAGAAUGAAGCUGACCUUUUCUGAAGCCAUAAGAAACAAAGCCAGAUUAUCCAUCACUGGGAGUGUAGGAGAGAAUGGCCGCGUCUUGACGCCUGACUGCCCAAAGGCUGUACACACUGGAACUGCAAUCAGACAAAGUUCAGGAUUGGCUGUCAUUGCAUCGGACCUACCAUAAAAACCAAAAAAAUAAUUGAGUGCCUUAAUUUAACUGUGUUGGUGACUGAUGGAAAUGCAGCCCUGAGGGACACGCCACGUGCGGGUCUUUGCUAAACCAAUUCUUUGGCUGAGAGCCGGAAGUCUGUCCUAACGCUCUGGCCCGACAUCAGCAGCAGCAACGUGUGCAUGAGCUCAGCUCGGAAACCCAAACUCAGAUUUUAUAUCAGGAAAACUCACAAUUUAGGUUUUUUUCGGGGAGUUGGUGGGGUGGGGGGAGCUGGGACGGGUGUAUUAACAGCAACAAAUUUCAUUUGAGUGGACUCAAAAACUAAUCAGACUUGCAAGUUAGCGCAUUAAACUGUGAAGUUCUUGCUCAGAAAGGCCUUUGUCUUCACCAGAAAGGAUAAAAUAGUUGUAGAAGUCCGUGAACAUGCUAACCUGUGUCUCCAGAACACCCAUAUAGUCCCUGGAAGAAAAUCCAGCUGAGAAAACAAAUCUCUAAACUGUGAUAAGAAAAUAAUAAACAAACAUGUAAAACCUGUGGAAGAGAAAAUAAAGGAAGUAUUUACACUUACUUUGGAGAAAAAUACUGAAAGAUGCUUGCUUUUUAACUGACGUAAAUUCACUAGAGGACGACGCAAUUCUUUUUUCUAACCAUCUUAGGGAACAAUACAUUGCAAUAAUUGAUAUAAAUGCCAUCACUGUAAUAAACGUUAGAGACUUUUUAAAAAUAAAAGUUGUUGAUCAUCUUCUUGUUUGCUGUAACCUUCACUCUGUCACAUGAGUCGGUUCACGGAUUGCAUUUGUCUCACAACCAGGAAGAAAAGCUAAAGGAAGAAAAUGUUUAGGCUCAAUCAUCAGUCUGUAGUGUAGACUCAAAAGAGACUAUGGGUCACUCAUGUUAACAGUAUUAUUUAUAAUCUUGUUCUGUGUACAAAAUUGUGGUUUUUUACCCACCAAAAAGAAUAAAUCAACAGAUGUUCUUA